AUGAUUUUAUUUUUGACUUUCGUUUUACUAUCAAGGGUACUCUAUGGUAAACCAGUUCCAACUAUAUUGGACACCGAUAUUGGUACAACCUAUGAUAAUCAUCUAGCAUUGAUAUACAUUUUGUCAUGUCCUAGUCGAUUUAAAUCUAAAACUGAUUGCUUGUUCCACAACAAAUACGACCGCACGCGCACAGAUCGUAGCGAAAAUAUUGAAUUUUUUCAACGCUUUGAUAUUCCAAUAAGUCUUGGUCGUGAUUCUGAAGAUACGUAUGGUAUAUUUCAAUAUCGAUGGUCGAAAGAUUAUUCAUUAGAAAAGUUCCACACAAACUAUGUUUGCAUCGAGUUAGGCUUACUUCAGUCUAGCACCAUUGGACUGCACGAACUUUAUGCAAUUUACCGGUGCGCUCUGGCAAAAGUUUUUAUCCUAUCGAAAUAUAUCUCUCGAACAAUCGAUACGAUUAUAGAGAGCUACAAAGUAUCGUAUGUUGAUGGUGGAAAUAAUAUGAGUGCUAUUCAACCAUUUCAUCCUGAAUUGGGUACACCUGAAAUGCUCGAUAUUUUAGCAAUCUAUUUAGCUGCUAGUCACACGUCUGUUGAUCCGACUAUAUCUAUGUCUCGGCAAAUAUUCGUGACAAAUUAUGGUUACACACUCGAAAAUGAAACGAUCGGCAAGACAAUCAAUAUCUGUCUAAAAUAUCAAUCAUGGAAUCAAUACAUUGCAACAGCUCAAAUUGGUUGGGAAGUAUUCGAAUCGAUCAUAGAGAACGGAUGCAAGCAUGAAAGUUCAAAAUCAUCAUUUCUCUACAUGUCAAGUGUCAUGGACUGUUUUAUUGAUUAG